UCCUGGGUGCACAGGUGACAUCCUCUUCAGGCACAUCAGUGUUCUGAGAUCUGCCACAGGCCCACAGGCCCUCCUCAUGCUCACCUGUGUUCUCCCACCACACCCACUGACUCAGGCCCAUUGACCUAGGGCCUGUAUUACAGAUCUGCCCUGAGGCUUUCACCUUCUCUCCAGCUCAGCAGCAGCAGUCUGGUUCUGCUGCUCUGGGGCAGGAAUGUUGGCCCAUGUUGCUGCCACUGGAUCUGACCGUGAGCUGUGCCCUGACUUUCUGGACCAGCAUCAGUGCUGCCAUACCACUGUGAACCUGAUAGUUGAGCUGGUCUCUGGGGAACCUGUCUGGCAUCUCCGCAUCUCCCUUGCUCAGGUCCAGCUCCAUCCCACAGCCAUGUCCUGCUACGAUCUGUGCCGUCCCUGUGGCCCCACCCCGCUGGCCAACAGCUGCAACGAGCCCUCUGUGCGCCAGGGCCAGGACUCCCGCGUGGUGAUCCAGCCCUCUCCUGUGGUGGUGACCCUGCCCGGACCCAUCCUCAGCUCCUUCCCCCAGAACACCGCUGUGGGCUCCAGCACCUCCGCUGCUGUUGGCAGCAUCCUGAGCCAGGAGGGAGUGCCCAUCUCCUCUGGUGGCUUUGGCAUCUCUGGCCUGGGCAGCCGCUUCUCUGGCAGGAGGUACCUGCCCUGCUAAGCAUGAAGUGCAUGUCUCAUGAGCCCAUUGCUCAGGAAGCCCAAAUCCAGGUGCUGGACUGAGGAUGGAGCAGCUGGCCAGUGUUUCCAGAUGGGCUGAGCACCCUUGCGUUCUCCUGCAAAGCAGAGAUCGAAGCCAG